AUGAUUUCAACUGAUCCGGAUAAUUUAGCAGACGAGUCCGACCAAGUUUGGAUGGCAGUCUUCUUCCCUCUCCUUCGCCUCCUCCAGGAUGCCCGUCAUCCCCCAGAACGCAUUGUACAGUUAGCUGCCUUGUUUCGUCGCCAUGUUUUGCCGACGCUAUCAAGAAGCCAUCUGUCUUUCAUGACAGACGAUCACACCCCAAUGGCGAUGUCCAUUCGACCAGAUGGCCAUAAAGUGAGCUUUGCUGUUGAGCCGGCUGCUUUGCCCGUGGGCCCCGCAGCCAGAGACCGCUGGGUGCGAACAUUAGCGAGACAGAGCGUGAUGCAUACAGCCACAGACCUCGAAUGGUACAAUAUAUGCAGCGAAUUGCUCACCCUUCCGGAAGGGGCCAAUCUUUCAACGAUACAGAAGCUGGACCAGGCGGGAUACUCACAGUUCUUUUUAGGUUUCCCUUCCCCUACCUCCCCUUUGACUCUCAAGGGUCUUAUACUAAAGCCAUAUUUUAUGCCUUCACUGAAAGCAUCAUACUCAGGUGCAACCGUUGAUAGUAUCGUGGCUUCUCUGAUUCCUCGACUUUAUCUCGAGGAACCUUGGUCCCAGGUCAAUGCCUUUUUCUCUACAGUCCCAAGUCCUCUCCGCCCCAGUCCCUUUAUAGUUUCUAUCGAUUGUUUAGCACCGUCGCUCAGGCGAGCUAAAAUCUACUAUCGUAUCAAAGAGAAUUCCCUAGCUGCCCUCGAAAAAUACCUUACGCUCUAUGGUCGCUUGGCGCAUUCGAGUAUGUCUAGUGGCCUUCAGCUCCUGCACAAACUAUGGAAGAGGCUGCUUUCGCAGGAUCCCUCAGAGAAUAUUUCUAAAAACGCAAAAAAUCCUAGUCAUUUCACGGUUAUGCCGUUGAUCUAUUUUGAAUUGCGGGAAGGGCAUCCAGAUCCAUAUCCAAAGGUUUAUAUACCGAUUAGACACUACUCGGAAACAGACAAAAGUAUUGCUGCCGCUUUGGAUGAUAUCUAUACUGAUCUAGGCGCUGUUCAAUCCGGCGAGUUCAUAAACUUGAUUAGCCGAGUUUUUGAUCAUCGAGAGCUAGGAGAAAAACAAGGCAUUUUUACAUACUUAUCUGUUGCCAUGAAGAAGGGCAAAAUUCAACAGUCGCCAGACCUCUCCCCUCCACUCAAGGUAGCCCUCGACAUAAAGCAUGGCUUGAGGCUGAUAAGGUGGCUUAACAUAUUUACAAUAAAACUUAGGACCGCUACGUCCUGGGAGGAUCUCUCUGAUCUUUUCACGUCUAACUGCAGGUGGAGCGAUUUAUUGUCCCAUUCAUCCCGUUUUUGCAAGUUGAGUGGGCUGCAUGAUGUUGCAAAAUUUAUCCUCCAGGAUGUGAGGCAGAGCAAACCGCGAGGAUUUUGCUUGCUCCCUGGAGUGCAUCGUAUUUCAUACGCAGAAAAUCCUGAACUCAUAACUGCAAGAGCGGUAUGGAACACCACAAAUGGCGAAUGCUCCGCCGCAAUUACUUUUGUUAUCACUCCCACCGGUCAAUGCAAAGCGUUGUCGGUGGUGAUGCAGCUCGAGGCCCUACCACGGAACCGCCCGCGGGCUGUUAAAUGUUUGUCGGUUGGGUAUCACGCAGUGGUGGUAGGAGGAGGCCUGGCUGGCUUAUCUACUGCAGCUAGGCUCGGUGACUUGGGAAUGAAAGUCCUCGUCGUUGAAAAGGAUUCGAGGGUGGGUGGCUCGUGGCGGAAUCGCUAUACCAAUCUGAAGCUCAACACUCCAAGAGUCUACAGCGCGCUCCCUUUUUUCUAUCAUCCCGAUAAUCUCCCAGAAUUCAUGCCGGCAACUUCGUUCGCCGAUCGGCUGGAGGCUUAUUCUCGUUCUAUAAAAACAGAAUUCCGGCAUUCAACAUUACUCUGCGCUUCGAACUAUAACCCAAAGUCACGCUCCUGGUCGUUGAGCCUCCGUGAUAUGGAGGGUUCGGUAUUCAACACUUCAUGUCACCAUCUUAUCAUUGCAUCGGGAAUUGAGAAACCCCGGGCGGUUAUUCCUGAUAUCCUUGGCUUGAAGGACUUUUCUGGCCAUGUUGCCCAUGCGUCUAAUUUUCGAUCCUCUAAAUCCUGGGCCGGUAAACGUACAGUAGUCAUUGGGUCAGGUUGCUCUGCCCACGAUGUUGCCAAAGAGCUUUAUACGGCUGGGGCCGAGAGUGUGACACUUGUUCAACGCUCAGCAACUGCUGUAAUGUCCCGUGCAUCGCUCAUUGCAGCUUUCCCCGGUCUUUACAAUGGGGAAAAUUACCCUCCCGUUGAAUUUGCAGAUCGGUUACACAUGGCCGGGCCGUACCUGCAUUUUAAAGAAUAUGGUUAUGCAGCAAUGAGAGAGACGGAGGUUAUUGACCGCGAACUCCGCCGGAACUUAACGAAGGUCGGAUUCAUAUUACUUCCGAACACGGAGGCGGAUAACUUCAUGACGAGGCUUCUGGUUCGUCAUGGGGGUUAUUAUAUCGACAGUGGGUGCUCUCAGCUUAUAAUCGACGAGAAGAUUGGUCUCUUGACUGGUACCGAUAUUUCUCACAUUUCGGGCUCUGACAUUAUUUUUCGCAAUGGUACCUCGAUCCAGGCCGAUCUUAUCGUUUUUGGUACAGGAUAUACUGGCUUUUGCGCCAAAGAACUGAUUGAGGAUAUGUCCAUAACCCACCCCAUCGCGAGCACAGGUGGUGAAGUUCCACGAGUUGAAAUAUGGCAAAAGUCUACAUGCGGCGAAGUUUUCACUUGCAGGGUGUUCUCGCGGCUCCUUGCCUUGCAGAUUCAGGCCGAGCAGCUCGAAAUAGAAUUAGAUGACAACUGGAAGCUUGAGUAA